GUCUUGCUCGCGGUAGGAUCAAGAACAAGCAAGAAGCUCAGCCUUCUAGCACUUGAAGCGUCCGACGCGCAAACAUUAGCAAAUGCCUUCUCUUCCGCCUUGGUAUCAGCUGACUACAGCAAGGAAGUGGGAUCCCUGAGAGCUUUAACUGGAGGCGCAGAGAGAAGGGGAGGAUGCCUGCAACGUGCAAAGCUCUUCUUCGCUCUUUUCUCCUGAGUGAUUAAGUCCACACCUUGCUGCUUGUUACACUUCCCUUCCUCAGCCCAAGGGGUUGUAAGUUAGGAGACCAAAAGCUCACUCAGUCUCUCCUUUGGGAGUACAUUGCAGAGAUGUCAGAGGUCGUGGUAAAUGAAACUCAAGUGGCGUAUAUUGGACAAGAUUGCAAAGAAAUCCCAGCAUUCCUUGGAAGAAAAUAUGGACACAUUGCAAAAAGGCUGGAUCUUAGCUUCAACUUGUUAAGGUCACUGGAAGGACUGGAGACAUUUAGCGGCUUGGAAGAGCUGAUCUUGGACAACAAUCUCCUGGGGAAUGAUCUCCGGUUACCCAGGUUACCACACCUCCAUACCCUAAUGCUCAACAAGAACCAAAUAUCAGAACUGGAGAGCUUGCUGGAUCACCUGGUUGAAGUAGUGCCUUCUUUGCACUACCUGAGCUUGCUGGGAAAUACAGCAUGUCCAAAUGGACUGGUCUGUAAAGACAAGGAUGAGGGAGACUACCAGAGGUACAGGUAUUUUGUUCUGUACAAAUUAACAAACCUGAAGUUUCUGGAUUCUCGAAAAGUAAACAGAAGUGAACAUGAGGAAGCCAUUUUGCGGGGUGCUUUUAUGAAAGUGGUGAAGCCUACUGAUACUAAGGCCACAACUGGUGAUGCCUCCAUUUCUCAGCAAAUGGUCUAUACACCAUUGCCAUCUGGAUCAAGGGACCUCACCAACCACAAAGGUGUUCUAGGGAAAUGCCGCUAUGUCUACUAUGGGAAGCAUUCUGAAGGCAACCGAUUCAUAUGCGAUGACCAGCUCUGAGGCAAACUGUGCAUCUGCCAAGCCAUCCAUGUUAGCCACACACCCCACACCCAUAUACAGAAAAGCACACAGUGCACCCACAUCUUUAAAAGGGGGGGGGAAGUAUGUGUAAACCAAAGUUCUCCAGUACCUUCUGCUGACUUUGCCAGACCUGUCAAAAUCAUCCUUUUGCUUUAGCCAGAGUAGUCACAUAGAGAUUGACAUGAUUGCCUUUGCAGGUCCCAUCCACCAGUGUGACAGACAGCUGCAGCGAAGCACCAGGCCUGACAGGAAGAGCACCAUGAUGGAUUGCCUGGCCCAAUUGCUGCUCACAGAAGGGCAAAAGUCACACCUGAGGCCUCACUGAGCAUGCUCAGCUGCUUUUAACAGAACUAACCUGUUUUAUCAAUAGCUUGCUUGUUGAGUAAGAAAAUUGUGUGUGUGUGUGUGUGUGUACACAUACAAAUACACACGCACACGCACACGCACACACACACACACACACACACACACACACACUUAACCUGGCUGCUAUUAGAGAUUUUCAAAGAGCACUCCCUCCUUGUCUGCCUUUAUUAUUCUCAGGGAAUAAGCUUAUGCUGGACACUCCGUAUGAUAUUGGAGAAUAAGAUGGUUUUGAUGUUUCUUUCUGGGGGGAAAUAUCAAAAGCUGUCAGAAAUGUGAUUUAACUUUAAUUGCUGGAGGGAGUGGUGGAAAUCAUUUGAUAGAAUUCAGAAGUGUUAAUAUUAAUUCCUAGCUGGUCACCAGCAGAUUUUUUCAAAGUUGUUGUUGGGGGGGGGUCUUUUUCUUUUUUUUGCAGAGCUGAGGUUUAGUAAUAAAAGUUUAGGAAAGGAAAGAACAUAGGGAAUACAACAAAAACUGCUGAUUUGGAUUAAUGUUGGAAAGGAAAAGUGACAAAAGACUCUGAGCGCUCUCCUUAACAUUAACUCAUGGAAAUCAGAACCCCAUACAUUUAUUAGUAUGUCCUUAAGCAGUAUUGAUUGACCUUUUCUUUUGAACUACUCAUCUGUAUGAAUCCAAAUGAAGCAAGCCACACCCCUUGCCUUUUUGCUAACUGAAAUUAGACUUUUCUUAAAGGAUUAUUUUGCAUUGUAUUUUUUGGAGGGCAAUGGUUAGUCCCCUAAAUAUAAAACUAGCUUGUGUUUGUGUCAUGAAAGCUGUUACCACCCAGGGGCUCAUGAAGUCUUCUGUGAAAUGGGUUAGUGGUCUCAUGCCAGAAGUAGCCAUUACAGCUGAUAUGUGGCUGCAACUGAAAACAGCAGCCCAAGGUCUCCUCCCCCUUCCUCCUCCGUAAACAACUAAUAAUAGAAAGUGGUGUGAUGUCAUCACACUCUGAAUUCCUCUGCUCCUGCUCUGCAGGGAAGCAUGAUGGACUUCCACCUCGUAUAAUUUAUACUACUGGCUGUUACCAGUGAAGAGAGGAGGACGAGCAUCUGCUGAACUGCUGUUGUCAGUGGCCGCCUUGCACCUGCGACAGCAUCUAGCUCUAGCCUCCAUUUGCUUCCUAUGUUGAGGACAUGUUCACAAUGUGGAAAGGCAGAUCACAUGAUCUUAUGUGAGGAAUGGACUUUACUUAGCUUUAUCUACUCAUAUCUUAACUUUUGUAUUUGAAAGAAAAGGUUUUGCAUAUACUAAACCAGGUUCCUGGCUGAUUACCAUAUUUUCCGUAGUAGUACCAGCUAGAUUCAUACAGCAUCUAACCCGGGGUAGCCAGCAUGGUGCCUUCUAGAUGCUGUUGGACUCCAAUUCACAUCAUCCCUGACUGAUAGUCAGGAGGUUCAAGCCCAUGUUGGCUACCCCUGAGCUAACCUGACAUAUUCAUACAUAUCUGCAUCCAUACAGAAAGUGUCAUUGAGCUCUGUUUCCAUGUACAGUACAAAGAGCAAUAUGGCAUCAGGUCAAGAGGAAGAUCUGACCCAUGUUGAAUUUGGGAGCCAGUGUAAAUUCAGAAAGCCUGAUAUUUUGAUGCAUGUAUGUAAGCUCUGCAGCUGCAUUCCAGUGCGUAUCUGAAUCUUGUCACUAUUCCUGUAUUACUGUACUUUAUGCAUGCAUUUUUAUAUAUAGGUAUGACUUUCCAUGUAGAAGAAUAUUAAUGUGAGAAUUCUACAUUUUGAGUUGAUUGGAAAGGAAUUGCCUUGCAAACAACCCAUAAGAAUCCAUUUUAAGGAAUUAUUAAUUGGUAAUUAAAAUAAAUUCUGAUUCAAAGGGCUUAAAACUAGAGGACUGGAGACACUGGUAUGACAUUAGUACUUAUAAGAAAGUUUUGGGGGAAAGUUGAAUCCAUUUCUUCAAAAUAACUGCAAGCUGUAAGCCAUGCUCAUUUACAUUUGACUGGCUGUUUUGAAGAGUAAGUUUAUGUUUUGACCAUGGCAGUGGAGUUCGAAACAGGGCUGUUUGAAAUAACCUUGUGUCACAUUCAGUCUGGUUGGAUAUCGCUUCUUGUCUGUAUCAAUGCCUUUUUAACCCUAACCCUCAAACAAUAAAAUGCACUU